AUGACGCUUUUACGAAUUUCACAAAAGGACUCGUUCGACGGCAUUGAAGAUGUAAAACUCCGAACGUUAAAUGCGGUGAUGGAUGAAGAAGGUAUAAUACGUAUGAAAUCCAAAAUCGUGCAACGUGAUGAUGGGUAUCCCUUUCGCUAUCCUAUUGUUUUACUGGGAGAGAACCAUGUAACUCGCUUGCUAAUAGAACAAAGUCAUGUAAGUUUAAAACAUAGCAAUGUUAGUACGAUGCUUAGCCAUCUACGAGAGGAGUACUGGAUCAUACAUGGUCGUAGGGUUGCGAGAUCCGUUGUAAGAAAAUGUGUAAUCUGUACACGACAGAGAGCUAAACCAUUAGAAGUCGCGCCAGCUCCUUUGCCGAGGGAUCGCGUACGUGACGCUCGGAUAUUCGAGGUGACGGGAGUUGAUUUCGCGGGGCCAGUCUAUUUGAAAGGUGAUCUAAAGGCAUGGAUUUGUAUUUUUACCUGUGCCAUAUACCGUGCGGUCCAUUUUGAGCUUGUUACUUCGUUAUCAACAGAAAGAUUCAUGGAAUCUUUUCGCAGGUUUAUAGCCAGAAGGGGUCGACCUAGUACCGUGUAUAGCGAUAAUGGAACCAAUUUUGAAGGGUUUAGCAACUUAUUGAAACGUAUUGAUUGGGUCAAAAUAAACGAACUCAGUCGUGUACAGAAGAUACAGUGGAAAUUUAAUCCGCCUUCCGCUCCUUGGUGGGAGCGUCUCAUUCAAAUUUUAAAGAGAACUUUGCGCAAGAUACUAGGAAGGGCGUGUUUAGAAUAUGAAGAAAUGCUAACCGUUUUGUGCGACUGCGAGUCCAUCAUUAAUGCCCGACCGUUGACGUACUUGUCCGAGGAUCCUAGGGAUCCCAGUCCUAUUACUCCUAAUAUGUUCUUACAAGAAAUCCAAGAGGUUGGAGUACCCGAUUGCGAUGUAAUUGAUAGAGAAAAGUUCAAGGGAAGAUUCAGGUACCGACAGCGAUUAAAAGAUGAACUAAAACAACGGUUCCGUACAGAAUAUUUGGGUGAACUUAAGUAUAACUGUUUGAGACCCAACGUCUCAGCCUCUUGCGGAGGCAUCAUAGCGCCGGGCAAACGUAAAGCGAGACACUUCUCCCUGUGUCUUUUCUCGUGCCACAUUUCCUCGCGCUCCAGUCUUCCAGAGGCGCUCGCGAACAAUAACGCUAGGAAGAAAACUCCCGAAGCGCGCCAGAUAUCGAUAGGCGACAUUGUAAUGAUAGGGAAUGAUUGUACGAAACGUUUCGCGUGGCCACUUGGUCGUGUGUUAGAAGUUUUUCCGGGUAAGGAUGGAAUUGUUAGAGUGGCACGUCUAGUUACCGCAGCUGGUCAGUUAAUACGUCCGGUACAGAGAUUGUAUCCGCUUGAAGUUGAUCUCGAUGUUAUUCCUGAGCAACUACGUACGUUCUAUAAGGAAAAGGUGGUCAAGACCCGUGGCUCGAAGGAAGAAACGAAGAAGUUAAGCGAUACUAAAGCGAUCGAAACCGCGCUCUGUGUAACCUCGGAGCGUCGCAAGACGAUGGCGUUGCGAUCGAGUAGUAGCGCGCUGCUAUCCGCUAGUAGUAGUAUGUGGGCUUCCAGCGAGCGAGCAGAACACAACGAUCCGUGUAUUGUAUCGAGAGCGGAAUAA